AUUUUCGAAUCGGUAUUUGGUUAAAUGUCCUUGUUGUCUAGCUAUUCAUCUUAAAUAACACUCAGAAGUUUAUUGAAUCAGGAUCACGUCACUUCAGUUUCAGUUUGGAAAGGACAAGAGGCUUGAUGGCCUUUGUUAGUCCCGACAAUGAUGGCCUUGGUCGAUCCAACAUUCUUUUGAAAGUGUCGACAAAUGGAGCUCCAAUCACGAGUUCAGUUAAUGAAUUCCACUAGUUGAUGAUUCUAUUGGAAAGUCGAAAGUUGGCUAACAAUUUCAUGGUUGUAAAUUUGGUCAUUAAUACACAUUAUUACUUCUCAUAAUGUCCGCAAAAUCAUCCGAUAACAAAUUCUCGUCUGUUAUUCAAAUAAAUACGAUAGAUGAUUACAUCGCUCCCACACAGGCGUGUAUUAAACCGGUAAAAAUCGAUAAAUCUGUUGGAAAGACCAGAUCUGUUAAAGUUGAAGAAGAUGGUUCUUACACGGCUAUAACUGAGGAUGGGAGUAAAUAUUCCUUACAAAAAGCAUCCAUCAGUCUUAAUGACUGUUUGGCUUGUAGUGGCUGUAUAACUUCUGCAGAGACCAUUCUUAUAUCCGAACACAGCUCUACCGUAUUUUCUGAUAUUUUAUUGCAAAAUAGGUCUAAAAAGAUAAACGAUCGGAGCAUAAUCGUUGUCUCGUUGUCCCCACAAACCAUUGCCAAUUUACUGAGCCAUGUAACAGCCCUUCCUGAAAGUAAAUUGGCUAGAGCAUUCCACUGUUUUCAAGUCAGUAAUUCCCUAUCGAAGUCGGAUAUGAAUACUUUCAGGACUUUUAUUGCCUCGUGUCUCUUUUCUAUCGGGAUUCAUUUGGUUACCGAUGUUACUUGGGCUCGUGACAUAUGUCUCUAUGAAGCGGGAUCAGAAUUCAUAGAGCACUUCACAAAACGCGGUGAUAAAUGCGCAGAUCAUUUACCCUUGUUCUCCAGUAUUUGCCCAGGUUGGAUAUGUUAUGCUGAAAAGAGUCCCCUUACUUCAUCCAACCCUUCAAGCUCUGAGCACAGUGAAUUCUCAAUUAUCUCUCAUAUAUCAAAUGUUCGUUCUCCGCAGCAAAUCGCAGGCAGGGUAAUUAAACUUUUAGGUGAAGAAAAAUGUUUUCAUGUCAGUAUUAUGCCUUGUUUUGAUAAGAAGUUAGAAGCAUCUAGAGAGGAGUUUUCGGUACCUUCAAAAAGUAUUUCUGACUUUUAUGUCCCAGAUGUUGACUUGGUCUUGGCUACCAAUGAACUGCUUUGCUUCCUUGAAUCAUUAAUUGACGAAUCCAGUGGUAUCGUCUCGUUUUCUUUUCCUGAACACACAUCUGAGGUUGGAGAAAGUCAGCGGUUAAUAUUAGAGAGAUUAUAUGAAAUAUUCUGCGUAAAAAUAUCGCACGGAAAAACAGGUGUUGGAUCCGAUCAUUUUCCUUUGCUAGUCAACGAAAUGCUUCCGAUGUAUAGACACAGUGGGAGUGGUUCAGGGGGAUACGCAGCAUGUAUUCUUAAGAUGGCAGCAGAAGAACUAUUCUCGGUAAAAUUAAAGUCUGAUAUAUUAGAGGAUGAACGUGUGAUAAUUCGCCAUUUACAAAAUCGAGAUAUUCAGGAAUUAAUCUUGUUUAAUUCAAAAGAAGAUCGUAGUCUGGCGGAGUCUCUGCUAUCAUCUCUUUCAAAUCGAACACCUUACCGUCACUUGGAAAUUCAACCAAAAGCACUGUUAGUAUUUGGGAUAGCUAAUGGGUUUCGCAAUAUCCAAACUAUUGUUCAAUAUCUGCGAAAAACUUAUCAAUUUAGAAAAUGCGAUAACCCAGAUCAAAUAAAGUUUAAACAGAUAAAAGCCCACUAUCCGUUUGAUUAUGUAGAAGUGAUGGCAUGUCCAAGUGGUUAGUCAAAUGUUUUCGUAGAUUACCUGUAUUGAAUUUAGUGUUUAAAGGAGACUGUCCGAUCAUAUAUGAAUUGCCGAAAUAUAUGUACGCCCUUAAGUUGUCUGUUAAAUCCGGUACGACUGGAUACAAGAUCAUCUGUUAACUGUUGGGUAUUUGGUAAUAUUAUAUUUUUCUGAGAUUAACAAAUGAACCAGUCCUAGCUGAGUUAAGUUUUAGCGCAGUUCACGUUGAAAUGAACAGGCACUGUUGUAGCUCUUCUUACAUAUAUACACUAUGUAUCCCACUCUAUGAAACAGGAAGCUUGUUCAUGUAAAUCCAACGCGUCUUAAGUACGGUAUAACUGGAUAUUGAAAAUUCCUUAUUAUUCAUUUGAUAGUCAACAGCAACUACAAAAGCCUAGAAGUGGCUGUUCAGAACCUAACUGGCUAGUAGAAAGAUGGCACAAUGUAACUACAUAAGGAAGGGAUUUUGAACUGCCAAGUUGUGCUAUUUCACCUCCAAUCAAGGGGAGUGUAGACCAAACUUCAUGAUGUAUGCCACAAAACGCGAUGUUGGUUGGAGUAUGACGGCGGCAUGUCACACGCCGUAUGGCACGAGUCCGUGAAGUAGUUGACUGAUGGAGGUGAGGCGUGUUGCUGGUGCAAAUUAUGUUUUGGAUCCGCGUGACCAGUGGUUGAAAACGUUAGGCAAAAUAAGCCAGUGGAUUCACUCUUCUUCCCCUACGUAUUGAGCCUCAGUAAGCGUUCCUCGAAUUCAUUCUUUUUAGACAGUAUUCUCCACUGUUUAAUCUUCAAUUUUUCUUCUCUGAUAAUCUCGUUAAUUUCAGCUUAUCGUGCUCUUGUGAGAUGUUAAUUGCACUUGAAUGAUAUUGUUUCUAUUUACUCCAAAAUUAACUCAACCCAGUUGUUGUGUUACAAACUUUAACUAAUAGUAUUUAGUCACCGUGAUCAUGUGAUGUUACUGGAGCUUGAUCUGUUUUUUUUGACUAAGUGUAAUUUACAAGAAAGUAACUUGGUAUUCUCAUAGGACUAAUUAACUGUAGCCUAAUGACCGCGUGAUCUCAGUAUUGAAACUUAAUUUUUGUGUGAGAGCCAGUAAUACUAACGAGUUGAACAAACCGAAAUAGUUUGGACAAAAUUUAAGCCGGUAACCUGACACUGCCAUAUUUUAUGAUUAAUUCUAGUUAUUUGUUGAUUGUAUUUGUUAUUGAUAGUUUGUACUUUUUUACAGGUUGCCUUAAUGGUGGUGGACAAGUAAAAGAAAUUAUAACACAAACAAGCGAACUGUACGCAAGUCUCCCAGUUUCUAAACCAAUGUCGAACGCUUUGGUGAAGAAUUUGUAUGAAUAUAUCAAAUCCAAAGACCCUAACCUUAAAUACCUACACACUACAUACAAAUCUGUUCCUAAGAUUGAAAUAAUCAACCCAAGUGCAUUAAAAUGGUAAAUCAUAGGUUAACUCAAAUGAAAUAAAUUAGUUUUUGCAAACUUCGAGGCGAGUGUUAAUAUUUUUUGUCUUUUAUUAGACGCCUAUUUAGGUGCUAGUUACAAUUCAAUUAUUGUUAUAUAGGAAUUGACUUGACAGAUCUACCAUCAACUGAUUUUCAGUUUUUCCAAAAUAUCUUUGGAACUCAAUAGCGCACAUCAACCCUAUGGUUCUUCAAAUAAAUUAAUAUAUUUGUAAUAUCCCAAUGAGUGACUCAGUGUAAGUCACUUCUUCAUAGAAUUUAUUUAUAACAAUCUACCCAAUGCUCAAUCUAUUCGAAAUUAUCAAGUCAAACCUUGGUAAUGAUACCUACUUAUGGAUCCAUGUUUAAAAAAUUACAGUUUACGCUUAACCGGCGGUAGCACAUUUUUGGUGACUCCCAACAUAAUUCUGCACCUGAAAAAUCGACAAAAACUCACAAGUUCCCUCAUGUUAGUUGGAUAUAGAUUGGAUUAAAGCAUGUCCCAUGUGGGACUGUGUUAAGGCAUGCUGAUUGGCUGUUUCCUAACCAAUCAGUGCUAGCGGAUGCUUGGAGA